CGUUUUGAAAAGCUAUUUGGACCUCAUCCCCCCAAUUUUAACAUUUCUUCCUCAUUGAACAACUGCUACAUCUUUUCAACGUUUUUAGAUUUGUUACGGACGCAGGCAGCUACUCGCCGUUAUGCCACCAAAACCUCUGAGAAUAUCCAAGCAGGAUAUCUCAAAUCCUACUCCCCUCCUCUCCGCUGAACAAGCACAAGCCGCAGCAGCUAUGGGCGAUGUCCUCAAACACCCAACGCACCACUUUCAGCGGAGAGACGGUGGUGACUCUGGUAUCAGUUUGGAUGAGAAACGAGCUCAUAUGGGUCAGCACGCGAUUGCACCUUUCUCCGCGGGCAGGUUUGACUCGUCCGCCAGUGUUGCUGGUGGACCCAACGACCCGCGAGUAAUAAAAGCAAGGCUCCCUCCGCCGCGGCUGACGAUGCGGCAAUAUCAGUCCUUUGUCCAAGCGCUGGCGGUGUAUAGACGGCAGGUCCAAGCUCUUGCUGCUGCUAGCGAAACCUUUGUGAGGGCUUUGGAGGAUUUGGCCGAGUUUGUUCCAGCAGCGCACAUACGGCGACCUCAUGUGGUGGGCGACCUGGAUUUUUUAAUUGACAGUACACAUCUCAUUGCAAACGCUCAUCAAAUUUGGGCCGAAAGCCUAGAGCGCGAGUUUGAAGCACCAUUGACCCAAAAUAUCCAAAAUAUUAUGACGAGAGUAACCUCGAGACAAAACGAAAACAAAGACCAAAUAAACAAACUUGUGGAGCGAUUACAUCAGGAAGAGGAUAAAUCAUAUAAACUGGGGAAGAAGAAGCAAAGGGAUAUUAAAGCCCUGCAAUCCUCUCUAAAUGUUCGAAUGAGCAUAGCAGAUGAGAUUAAGCGACUAACAGUAGAAAAUCAAACGCUGCAUGAUACCCUUUCACAUCACAAUAUGGAAUUUAUAUUAGAAAAUUGUGCAAGCGGUGUGCGAGGCGAACUGCAAAAUUACGAAACAAUAUACGAAGGCCUCAAAAAGCUGGGAGCGUAUUCCGACUCCUCUGACUUUCCCCAUAAUUACCAAACCCAACGCGCUGGUCGCUUUUCAAUCAUGAGUCAAACACCCACUAUACCACAAACAGACAUCCUCCCACCCAGCGAGCGAUUCCCAGAUAUGACCGGAGACGAUCGAUUAUGGGAGGGGGACGAAGAUAGGUUCGAUGUGGAAUUGUUGAGAAAUGCUCUUAAGAAUUUGGGCGGCGAUUGAUACCGUGCGCCGCGAUCAUGAUGGUCUAGCUGUAAGCCAGAUCGGUCUCGCGAUGGGAAACGUCUGCUACCUUUGUUAUUUUCAUCAGCGGCAUUGUGAAGUUAGUUAGUGUUACUGUUAUAUGCAUUUUUUUUGUUACCAGUUAGACUGUGGUGGAUGUGGGUUCAGUGUUUAUUUUCUGAUACGAGUUAGGUGAAAGUAACCACCAUGUAAUGUAUGUACAAAAUCAAAUAUUGAAAAGUAUUAGGGGCAAA